CUCUAUCAUAUCAGCGUUCGUCACGAGUCAACGAGUCUCGACGUGUCUGCAGUCUUACAGCACUCGAAAUUUAAUCGUAUCAGGCUGCGGGCAGUUUCAGCGUUCAGCAGCUUCAGCGCCAGCGGGCGUGAACAAAAACACCAGUGCUGACUGCUCACUGCUCUUCGAUUAGUAUUAUAUAUUAUUUCGACUCGUCGCCCAAUGGUGGCUGCAGUGUUGUGCCGUGAACUGCAAUUUCAGAGCAACAGUAGUAUAUAGUUUAGUGCACGAGUUAUACGAGGAAUCUUCAAUUGACAACGACGACGACGACAACGACGACGACUUUCCAUCGAUACAAAAACUUGCAUCUUCUUUUACUAUAUAUAGUCAUUUGUGUUGCUAGCCGGCUAGCACUUGAAAACGAUGGCUGUAGCUACUAGGGCUCUGUCCAAACUCACUUCAGUUGGGAGUCGUGGCAGUUUGCUGCGUUCGCAGAUAAGAUUCAAUUAUACAGAAACCAGAAAAAAUCUGAAAAUCAAUUCUGAAACUAAAGUUAUUUGCCAAGGAUUUACUGGUAAACAAGGAACUUUUCAUUGUCAGCAAGCUUUAGAUUAUGGCACUAAAAUAGUGGGUGGUGUCAAUCCAAAAAAACCUGGAACAGAGCAUCUAGGCAAACCUGUUUUUAAAAAUGUUCAAGAAGCAAAAGCAGCAACUGGAGCUACUGCCUCGGUUAUUUAUGUACCACCACCCGCUGCGGCUGCAGCAAUUAUGGAGGCUAUGGAUGCUGAAAUGCCAUUGAUUGUUUGUAUCACAGAAGGUGUACCUCAACAUGACAUGGUAAAAGUUAAGCGACGUUUAUUAGAACAAAACAAAUCUCGACUUAUUGGACCUAAUUGUCCAGGAAUUAUUGCUCCAGAACAAUGUAAAAUUGGUAUUAUGCCAGGACAUAUUCAUCAAAAAGGCAAAAUUGGCAUUGUUUCCAGAUCUGGAACUUUAACUUAUGAAGCUGUGAAUCAAACAACAUUGACUGGCUUGGGACAAACACUAUGUGUUGGUAUUGGAGGUGAUCCAUUCAAUGGUACUGAUUUUAUUGACUGCCUAGAAAUAUUUUUGCAAGAUCCUUGCUGUGAGGGUAUAAUCAUGAUUGGUGAGAUUGGAGGAAGUGCAGAAGAAAGUGCAGCUGAAUAUCUAACUCAACAUAAUACAGGAUCUAAUGCAAAACCAGUAGUAUCAUUUAUUGCUGGCAUCACAGCUCCUCCAGGUAGACGGAUGGGACAUGCUGGAGCUAUAAUUUCUGGAGGAAAAGGCGGAGCUCAGGACAAAAUUAAUGCUCUAGAAAAGGCUGGUGUUAUUGUUACAAGAAGUCCUGCUCAAAUGGGAAAUACACUUUUGAAAGAGAUGACUCGUCGUGGUCUUGUUUGAAUAAAGAUUUAUUGUUAACUCUCUGCUUUUUUCAAAAAGCCACAGUAAUUUAUCUCAGUGUCCAUGUAUACUCAUCAAAUUAUUCAGAAAAUAUUGUUAUCUGAGAAAUUGUCAUUUGAAAUAUUAAUUAUUAUUAUAACAAUAUUAAAUAAUGCAGGGAAGUGAAACUAUUGUAAGUAUUAUUGUAUCUUGUAAGAAGUCAUGGUUGUUACUUUAUAAAAUAUACAAUCAACUGGCUUCCACUGUUGAAGUUGAAAGCAAGCACUCCAUUUCAUUUUUACAAAUGUACAGUACUCAAUUUAAUGAAAUUGUUUAAAAGAAUAUAUGUUAUUCAUAGUUCAAUUAUGAAAUAAUUUACUGCGUUUGCACAUAAAGCUUCUUAUGAGACUUGACUGCAAAGUCUGUUUAAAAUAAUUUGAUGUUGAAUCUAAUAAGUCAGAAAAGCUAUCUGCAUAUAAUGUAUGCGAUUUUACUGUAAAUUAUGGCGAAUAAAAAGUUAUAUUUAUUGAACUGAA